AUGGAAAUCUCUACUCUACGCCUGCAAAACAGAAAACAAAAUAGUAACAAUCCACAUUUAAAUUUUCACAAAUCUAAAUCACAUAAUUCCAGUACUGCUAAAUCAGAAGCAAAUGCAACUACUAGCAAUGUUUUAUCUAAUAUUAUUUCAAAUAAAGAUAAAGCUGAAAACCAGCAUUUUUCCAAUGAUCUUCAAGAAGAUGAUCCUCAAAAGGACGGUGAUUCUUAUUUUUUUGACCUGCAAGGCUUUGACGAGUCUGAUGACCAAGAUGAUUAUCAGUCUGAUAGUAAUUACUCUGAUCAGCAAGUUUUUGAUGAUUCCAGUGAUCUAUUUGAAGAAGAGAACGAGUUUACAGAUGAAAUUAAAGCUGCAAACUUUAUAUUUGAAAAACCAGCAAGUCAGCUUCCACAAAAUCUUGAAAAUACAUUUAGUCCAUAUUUUGCGAAUUUUACUGAGAUGUCUUUGUUUACUUGGACUGUGGUAUAUCAGGAACUUGUGACAAUUAUUUUAAAUGACCAAUUUAAUCUUCUUGAUAUGCUACGGAAUGUACGUAUGCUAAGACAACAUCGAUUAAGACUACCUAGUCUUCCAAUCUUUCUAAAAAACCCUAUACUGUUUUCAAAAAUGUAUUUUGGUCACAGAAUCGAGAGUGAGGAUAGAACAGAAUUUUGGCAUGGAACAAUUUGGGCAGAGUUACCUUUAUUUAAUGAUGAUACUUUAAAUAUUACAUUUCUAGCUAAUGAACAAUAUGUAAUAAUGCCAGCUACAAGGAUUCAAAGUCAAGUAAAGGUUUGGCUUAUGGAUCAACCAAGACCAGAAGAACAGAAAUACUUUGUAGACAAAAUUGUAUAUUAUUAUAAUCAAUCAUGA